AACUACCGGGCCAUCAUGGAGAGAAAAGUUCUAGCCCUCCAGGCGAGGAAGAAAAGAGCCAAAGCCAAGAAGUCAAACAAGAAGCCCACUCAUCCUCCACGUGGGGCGUCUCAGCAACAGCCUCAGGCAGACACGCAGCAGCAGGAGCCUGAUGAGGAGAUCCUGGGCUCGGAUGAUGAAGAGCAGGAAGACCCCAACGAUUACUGCAAGGGAGGCUAUCAUCACGUGAAGAUCGGAGACCUUUACAACGGGAAGUACCACGUGAUCCGCAAGUUGGGCUGGGGCCAUUUCUCUACCGUGUGGCUGGCCUGGGAUAUUCAGGAGAAACGUUUUGUGGCGAUGAAGGUGGUGAAAAGCGCUGAGCACUACACUGAGACUGCCCUGGAUGAGAUUAAGCUGUUGAGAUCUGUCAGAAAUUCAGACCCUGACGACCCAAACAGAGAGAUGGUAGUUCAGCUACUGGAUGACUUCAAGAUCUCAGGGAUCAACGGCACUCAUGUAUGCAUGGUGUUUGAGGUUCUGGGGCAUCAUUUGCUGAAGUGGAUUAUCAAGUCAAACUACCAAGGUGUGCCGCUGCCUUGUGUUAAAAGCAUCAUUCGGCAGGUUCUCCAAGGUCUCGACUACCUCCACACCAAGUGCAAAAUCAUCCACACAGACAUCAAGCCUGAGAACAUCCUGAUGAGUGUGAACGAGCCCUACGUGAGGAGGCUGGCGGCCGAGGCCACCGAGUGGCAGAAGGCUGGAGCACCGCCGCCAUCUGGAUCAGCAGUCAGCACAGCACCUGUACCAAAACAAGCGUCAAAAAUGUCCAAGAACAAGAAAAAGAAGCUGAAGAAGAAACAGAAGAGGCAGGCGGAGCUGCUGGAGAAGUGCAUCAUGGACCUUGAGGAGAUGGAGCGUGGACCAGAGGGGGGUGACGAGGAGGACGACGACCCCGAAUCACCCAGAUCACCCACCUGUGCCCCCCUUCGCCAGGCCUCGCUACAGGACAUUGCCACAGAGGACACAACAGACAACGGCCCAGAGAGGCUGGCUGCAAGCCCCACAGACACGGAGGAUCUGAGCUGUAACGGUCACCUUCCAGGCAGCCCAGUCCAGGAGAAAGAAGAGGCAGAAAAGGACGAAAACAAUAGACAAGCCCAGCUGAAAGAAGAGGACCAUCACAACGCUAACACCGGCCAUACGGAGAAGAGCGCAGAGGAAAGCCAGGGGCUAGACCAUAACUCGUACCAGCACUGUAACGGCAUGCAGCCAGAGAGGGCAAACUCUCCAGGCACCGCCAGCCACGGCAGUAACGGGGCAGUCGGCAGCUCACAGCUAGAGGAGGGAGAACUCCAACUGGAUGAGCAGGACAAACUAGAAUGCCUCCCAGAGAUGGGCGUUCAAAGACAAACUUCCAAACCAGAGAGUUUGAGAAAGGCCAAACUAGCAGCAGGAAGUCUGCUGGUCAAUCCCCUGGAUCCGCUAAAUGCUGAGAAGAUCAAGGUCAAAAUCGCUGACCUGGGCAAUGCAUGCUGGGUGCACAAGCACUUUACGGAGGACAUUCAGACACGGCAGUACCGCUCCCUGGAGGUGCUGAUUGGUGCAGGUUACAGCACACCUGCUGACUUAUGGAGCACAGCCUGCAUGGCAUUUGAACUGGCCACGGGGGAUUAUUUGUUUGAGCCCCAUUCUGGCGAAGAUUACUCUAGAGACGAAGACCACAUUGCUUUGAUCAUUGAGCUGCUGGGGAGUGUCCCACGCAAACUCAUAGCAGCAGGAAAGUAUUCCAAGGACUUUUUCACCAAGAAAGGUGAGCUGAAACACAUCACUAAACUGAAGCCGUGGGGCUUACUGGAGGUGCUUGUGGAAAAGUAUGAAUGGCCACGCGACGAAGCCCAAGCCUUUACAGACUUCCUGCUUCCCAUGCUAGAACUCAUCCCAGAGAAACGAGCCACAGCAGCCGAGUGCCUGCGCCACCCCUGGCUCGCCCUCUAGUGGCCA